AUUCAACUAAAUGAUCCCACCCUUCAAGCAAGCCGCAUUGAAAAUCAAUUCAUUUUCACACACAUAGCUUAAUACAUCAACAUUCCCCACAAACACAAACACAGUUUCAUACUCCUCCAACCUUGUUCCACACCUCUUAAUUUGUUCAUCAAUCAUAACAGCAAUCCUUUUUCAUCAUCAUGAUGUAUGAAAAAACUAAAAAGUUAUGUCCAACUCUUCAUAACCAACCUUGAGUUAUAUUUAUAUAUGUAACUCUUCAUAUUGAAGCAUAAUAUACCAACCCCAUAUUUGGAACAUGUCUUCUAGUUCUUCUUCUUGGCUUACUUCAUCUUCUUGUUCACCUCUAUCAGUGGAUUCAUCUUCUCCUACUUCACAACUUGUAGCUCAAUGGUUGAGGUUCAUAUUCCUAUCACCAUGUCCUCAGAGACUUCUUCUUUCUGCCAUUGAUCUCAUCUUCUUGAUCACCCUCUUAGCCUUUGCAGCUCAAAAGAUCUAUUCUAGAUUCAGUUCUAAUGCCAACUCUGGCUCCACAAUAACCAAGCCUCUUUUGCAGGACAAAGAUUCAGAUUACAAGGUUACCUUGUGGUUCAAACUACCCCUUUUGGUGACAUCACUCUUGGCUCUGACUUACACUGUUCUAAGCAUCUUGGCCUUCACUCAAAGCAAUCUUGCCUCAUGGAGACAGAUAGAGGCCCUCUUUCGCCUCGCGCAAGCGAUAACCAACAUAGUGAUAGUGAUUCUGAUGGUACAUGAGAAGAAGUUCAAAGCUCCAAAGCACCCUUUGUCACUAAGAUUCUAUUGGAUUGCAAACUUUGUUGCUGCUUUCCUUUUUGCCACUUCGGCCAUUAUUCGAUUAGUAAGUGUUGAGGAAUCGAGUUUGGAGGCUAAUUUGAGAGUGGAUGAUGUGUUUUCUUUCAUCAAUCUUGCAGUUUCUUUGUUCCUUUUGGUAAUAGCAAUCAAAGGGUCAUCAGGGAUUGAUGCUAUAAGAAUUUCUGAUGUGAUUGAAAGUUCAAGAACAUGGCUUUCCAAUGACAGGACUACGAGUCUUUAUGGCAAUGCUUCUUUGUUCUCCAAAACAGUGUGGCUUUGGAUGAAUCCUUUGCUCAACAAAGGGUACACAACACCACUCAAACUCCAAGAUGUUCCAACGCUUCCUCUCGAGUUUCGGGCUGAAAGGAUGUCAGAGCUUUUCCAAGAAUAUUGGCCAAAGCCAGAGGAAAACUCCAAGCACCCUGUUGGAUUCACCCUGCUAAGAUGCUUCUGGAAACACAUAGCAUUCACCGGCUUCCUCGCAGUUGUUCGGCUCGCUGUUAUGUACAUCGGUCCAAUGCUUAUUCAGAGCUUUGUAGAUUUCACAUCAAAGGCUAAUCCUUCUCCCUAUGAAGGACUUGUCCUGAUUUCGAUCCUGCUUGUGGCAAAAUCAAUUGAAGUCCUCAGUGUUCAUCAAUUCAACUUCCACUCUCAGAAACUCGGCAUGCUUAUUCGUUCCAGCAUCAUUACUUCAGUUUACAAGAAGGGUCUAAGAUUAUCUAGCACUGCAAGGCAGGCUCAUGGAACUGGCCAGAUUGUGAAUCAUAUGGCUGUUGAUGCUCAACAGCUAUCUGAUUUGAUGCUUCAGCUUCAUCCUAUUUGGUUAAUGCCAUUGCAAGUUGCAGCGGCGUUGGCCUUAAUUUACACCUAUGUUGGCUUGUCUGCAGUUGCAGCCCUGCUUGGAACUGCUGUGGUAUUUGUUUUCACUCUGAUUCGGACCAAGAAAAGCAACAGUUUCCAGUUCAGGAUCAUGAUGAGCCGUGACUUGAGGAUGAAGGCAAUUAAUGAGCUUCUCAACAACAUGCGUGUCAUCAAGUUUCAAGCAUGGGAGGAUUACUUCGGCAACAAGAUUCGCCAAUUUCGCCAAGCUGAGCACGGUUGGAUUGGCAAGUUCUUGUAUUAUUUUGCUGUCAACAUGGCAAUUCUCUCCACUGCUCCUCUCUUGGUCACGGUUCUUACCUUUGGAACCGCCACGUUUCUUGGGAUUCCUCUUAAUGCUGGAACUGUUUUCACCAUAACUUCUGUGAUCAAGAUUCUGCAGGAGCCGGUUAGGACUUUCCCUCAGGCUCUUAUGUUGAUUUCUCAGGCUAUGGUUUCUCUAGGGAGGUUGGAUGAGUUCAUGAUGAGUAAGGAAAGGGAUGAGAAUGCAGUGCAAAGAGAUGAUAAAUGCGAAAGCGACAUAGCCGUGGAGAUGAAAGAUGCGAAAUUCUCUUGGGAUGAUGAGGAAGGGAAUGAGGCUCUGAAGGUUGAAGAGCUGGAGAUUAGGAGAGGGGACCAUGCUGCAGUUGUUGGAACUGUUGGCUCAGGAAAAUCUUCGUUGUUGGCUUCUGUGUUGGGGGAAAUGUACAAAAUUUCAGGAAAGGUCAGAGUUUGUGGGACAGUUGCAUAUGUAGCACAAACAUCAUGGAUUCAGAAUGCAACCAUCCAGGAAAACAUAUUGUUUGGACUACCAAUGAACCAGAAGAAAUACAAAGAAGUCAUAAGAGUGUGCUGCCUGGACAAGGAUCUAGAAAUGAUGGAGCAUGGAGACCAGACUGAGAUAGGAGAAAGGGGUAUUAACCUCAGCGGCGGCCAGAAGCAACGAGUGCAACUCGCCAGAGCUGUGUACCAAGAUUGUGACAUCUAUCUCCUUGAUGAUAUAUUCAGUGCUGUUGAUGCCCAAACAGGAUCAUUCAUUUUCAAGGAAUGUGUUAUGGGAGCUCUUAGACAUAAGACCAUUUUACUAGUAACUCACCAAGUUGAUUUCCUGCAUAAUGUUGACUCUAUAAUGGUGAUGCGAGACGGGAGAAUUGUGCAAAGUGGAAAGUAUGAUGAACUUCUCAAAGCUGGCCUGGAUUUUGGUGCACUUGUGGCUGCUCAUGAAAGUGCUAUGGAGAUUACAGAAACUGGUGAUGGGUUUAGCCAGUCUCCAAAGUUGGCUCGCAUUCCUUCGAAGGAAAAGGAAAGCGCAGGCGAAAAGCAAUCUCAAGAGCAAUCUAAGUCUGAUAAGGGUUCAUCAAAGCUCAUUGAAGAGGAGGAGAGGGAAACUGGCCAAGUCAAUCUCCGAGUAUACAAACAUUAUUUCACUGAAGCAUUUGGAUGGUGGGGAGUAGCACUCAUGCUGGCAAUGUCUUUAGCAUGGAUCAUAGCCUUCUUGGCUGGUGACUACUGGCUAGCAUUUGCAACUUCAGAAGCUUAUACUGUUCCUUCUUUCAUUUUCAUUAUUGUGUAUGCUGCCAUAGCAGCAGUUUCAUGCAUAGUAGUGAUGAUCAGGUCAUUCUUAUUUACAUAUUGGGGUCUAAAGACAUCUCAAAGCUUCUUCAUUGGUAUGCUUGAUAGCAUUCUGCAUGCACCAAUGUCAUUCUUUGACACCACUCCUUCUGGCAGAAUCUUAAGUCGUGUAUCUACUGAUCUACUUUGGGUUGAUAUAUCAAUUCCAUUGUUAGUAAGCUUUGUGAUGGUGUCAUACUUCUCAUUAAUCAGCAUCAUCAUUGUCACAUGCCAAAAUGCUUGGGAGACUGUCUUCCUCUUAAUUCCAUUGUUUUGGCUGAAUAAUUGGUACCGGAAAUAUUACAUUGCAUCUUCUCGGGAACUGACUCGCCUUGAUUCUAUCACGAAAGCUCCGGUUAUCCAUCACUUCUCAGAGACCAUUUCCGGUGUUAUGACGAUCCGGGGCUUCAGGAAACAGGGAGCAUUCUGUCAAGAAAAUCUUGACAGGGUAAAUGCAAGUCUCAGAAUGGAUUUCCACAACAAUGGAGCAAACGAAUGGCUCGGUUUUCGCUUGGACUUUACAGGAGUGGUUUUCCUUUGCAUUGCCACUGUUUUCAUGAUCUUUCUGCCAAGUGCUAUUAUUAGGCCAGAAUAUGUUGGUUUAUCUCUAUCCUAUGGCUUGGCUCUCAGUAGUCUCUUAUCAUUCACCAUAAGCAUGACUUGUUCUGUUGAGAAUAAAAUGGUUUCAGUUGAGAGGAUAAAGCAGUUUACCAACCUUCCAUCAGAAGCUCCAUGGACAAUCCCUGAGAGGACUCCUCCUCAGGAUUGGCCUAGUCAUGGCAACAUUGAGUUAGAUAACUUGCAGGUUAGGUAUAGGUCAAAUACUCCUCUAGUUCUCAAGGGAGUAUCACUCACUAUUCAAGGAGGAGAGAAGAUUGGUGUUGUUGGCCGUACAGGGAGUGGGAAAUCAACCCUCAUCCAGGUGCUAUUUAGGCUGAUUGAGCCUUCAGCUGGAAAAAUAAUCAUUGAUGGAAUCAACAUUUGCAAUGUGGGGCUUCAUGAUCUGAGGUCUAGAUUCGGAAUCAUUCCCCAAGAGCCAGUUCUCUUUCAAGGAACUGUAAGAAGCAACAUUGAUCCCCUUGGAUUGUAUUCAGAUGAAGAAAUUUGGAAGAGUCUCGAGCGCUGCCAAUUGAAAGAUGCAGUGACUGCAAAGCCUGAAAAACUUGAGGCUUCAGUGGUUGAUGGAGGAGACAAUUGGAGUGUGGGGCAAAGGCAGUUACUUUGCUUGGGAAGGAUCAUGCUCAAACACAGCAGGAUACUAUUCAUGGAUGAGGCAACGGCAUCUGUUGAUUCACAAACUGAUGCUGUGAUACAGAAGAUCAUCCGUGAGGACUUCGCGGAUCGAACAAUUAUCAGUAUUGCUCACAGAAUACCAACAGUCAUGGAUUGUGACAGGGUUUUGGUCAUAGAUGCAGGUUAUGCAAAGGAAUUUGACAAACCAUCACGUUUGCUAGAAAGGCCAACAGUUUUUGGAGCAUUGGUAAAGGAAUAUUCCAAUAGAGCUUCAGAAGUAUAAUCCUCUAUAGCUAUCUGCAGCAGAUGCUUGAACCUUUGCUGCUACAGCUUUUGAUUCUAACUCUGAACAAACGUCGAACAUCAUUCGGGCAAUAAAAUUGCCACCAAGCUGCACCAACUUCAAAGACAUCAAUCUGCAGCACAACAUUAUGUGGUAGAUCAGAUAUUCUUUUGGAGGUUUUUAUGUCACUUAUGUUUUUGUAGUUGCAAUAAGAAUAAUUUUUGUAACAUAAACUUUCCUAUUAUUGGGUUACAUAAAAAUUGAGAGUAAAUGGUAAAAUUGAUCUCUAAAGAUCACUUGUUAUCUAAAUUGAUCAUCAAAAAAUUUUUUAAUCAAAUUCAUUCUUCGAAGAUUUUAAGUUAGUCAUGUUAGUCUUUUAUCAUUUUCAUUGCUAAUGGCAUUAGAGUUUGUUGAUGUGGCACGAUAAGUGACAUCACAACACACACCUGGUAGUCCAAAUUAGCGGCUAAUAUAAUAAAUUUAUGAAAUUAAAUCAAAUAAUUUCCAAAUUGAAAAUUUUCAAUGUCUUAAGAUCCCCUUCAUUUAGGUUUUGAUUUGAUCUAAUUUUAUAAACUUAUAAUGUUAGCAACUAAUUAAGACUCUUAGGUGUGUGUUGUAAUAUCACCUAACAUGUAAUAUCAACAAAUGUUGACGCUAUUAACAAAGGAAGUGACAGAAGGACCAACGUGAUUAACGUAAAAUCUUUUAAGGACGAAUUUAAUUAAAAAAAUUUUCAGAGGCCAAUUUAAAAAACAAGUGAUAUUUUAGGAACGAAUUUGACUAUUUACUCUAUUGAAUGGCGGAAGUUUAUGGCUAUGACAUAUGAAGAAUAAAGAGUAUGUAAGUUGUUUACAAGGAUGGGACAUUGAGACAGAGAUACAAAA